AUGGAAGCCGCCGCAGGAGCCCAGAAGGCCGCUCUCGCCCCCACAGCUCUCACACUCCGUGGCCUGAGUCAAUGUCGAGAGGGUUUCUGCUCUGAGGAUGAAGAGGACUACAGAGCAGCCAUGGCUGGCCAGGAGGAGUUCAGAAACAAGCAUAGCCGCAGCGUUGCAAACUUUGACGGGUCUAUCUCUGUUCACGGCAGAGCUGCUUCAACUGAGCAUACUGGUGAUCUCAAGCAAAUGAAGGAUAAGCGCCAGCGCAAGAAGGAACAGGCUGCCCGAGAACUUGAGGAGCGCCGCAAGUCUCUGGCUAAGUGUGCUUAG